AUGGCAGAACAAAUUCUCUUCGGCACUGCCCAGCGAAUCAUUGAAACUUUUGGCUCAUUGGCUGCCAAAGAGAUCGGACUUCUCUGGGGCUUCGAAAAUGAGCUUCAAAGCCUGAGUAACACCGUUUCAACAAUCGAAGCUGUGCUUUUGGAUGCGGAGGAGCACCAUGCUGCUGGGAACCAUCAAGUCACUGUUUGGCUCAGAAAGCUGGAAGCUGUCAUUUAUGACGCGGAUGACUUGCUGGAUGCUGUUUCCACUGAAGCUCUACGAAGGCAAGUAAUGACCCAUCAUAAGAAGGCCAAGCAGGUACGUAUUUUUUUUUCCAAAUCAAAUCAGCUUGUCUAUCGUCUUAAAAUGGCCUAUAAAAUUAAGGCCAUGAGAGAGAGGUUAGAUGCCAUCGACGUAGAUAGGCAAAGAUUCCACUUAAAGUUAAAGCUAAGCCAUGUGGAGACAGGAGCAGGAGGAAACAAGGACAGAGAUAACACUCAUAGUUAUGUAUGUGCGGAAGCAAUUAUAGGACGAGAGAAUGAUCAGAAGGCAGUUAUACACCGUCUGUUGGACUCCAACGUUGAAGACAAUGUUUCAAUCCUUCCAAUUGUUGCCAUUGGUGGAUUAGGGAAGACUGCACUGGCUCAGCUCAUAAUCAAUGAUGAGCAAAUCCAAGAACAUUUUCAGCUCAAAAUGUGGGUGUGUGUCUCUGAUCCCUUCCAAGUUAAAAAUAUUGUUGAAAAAAUUUUUGAAGCUGCAACAAAGAAGAAACCAGAAACCAUGGAAAUGGAUACGCUGAUAGGUAAACUUAAAGAAACAAUCGAUGGAAAGAAAUACUUGCUUGUAUUGGAUGAUGUGUGGAAUGAGGAUCAGGAAAAAUGGUCUCACUUGAAACAAGUGUUGAUGGGUGGGGCAAGUGGCAGCAGAAUAUUAGUAACUACACGCACUGAAAAGGUUGCAAUGAUCAUCCGCUCUGAAAGCGUUGCAAGGAUUAUUGGGACAGUUGAAUCAUAUUCCCUAAAGGGUUUAAACGAAGAGGCGUCAUGGUCUUUAUUUAAGCAGAAGGCGUUCAAGAAAGCACAGGAGCCGAAGGAGAAUUCAAGCAUCGUAGCAAUUGGGAGGGAGAUCCUAGCAAAAUGUUCAGGUGUCCCGUUGGCCAUAAGGACAAUUGGAGGUUUACUACACUUCUUAAAUUUAGAACGAGAGUGGUUGUCUUUUAAGAAGAAUGAACUCUCAAAAAUACAUCAGAAUGAAAAUGACAUCUUACCAACUUUGAAGUUGAGUUAUGAUCAUCUUCCUUCACAUUUAAAGCACUGCUUCGCGUAUUGUAGUUUGUAUCCAAAAGAUUACCAGUUUAAUAAAUCAAGACUGAUUCAGCUUUGGAUAGCACAAGGGUUUGUCAACUCAUCGGAGAAGAACCAAUGCUUAGAAUAUGUUGGUAAUGAGUAUUUUAUGGAUUUACUUUGGAGAUCAUUCUUUCAAGAAGCAACAGAUAAGUUUGGUAACGUAAUUGGAUGCAAAAUGCAUGACCUCAUGCAUGAUCUUGCCAUUCUAGUGGCAGGAUCGAUGAUCACCACAUUAUAUGAUGAUAAGGAGAGAAACGUUGCUGAAAAAACUCGUCAUGUAUCAAUUGUUGGUUACGUUCUUGCGCAUGUUGGAGCUGGACGUGGGAGAUCUUGA